GGGUGUGAGGCUGUGUGUUCAAAGGAAUCAUUUCUCGUUCACCUCUCUCUUUCACUUGGUUUUUUUUUUACUAAAUUGUAUACAUACAUAUAUACAACCCCACUUUUGUAUCUAGCUAGCUUUUGUUGGAUCUUCUUUGUUGGUAUGAACUCAUCACAAGCAAAGUUUGCCUUUGGGAUCCAUGAAGGAUGAUUGAUGGCUUUAAGUUUGUGUCAUCAUCCCCAAGUUUUAUGAUGGAUGAGAGUAUGUCCAAUUUGACUUCUGCAUCUGGUGAAGUAAGUGCUUCUUCUGGUGCAAGAAUUGAAAUUGGUUCUGGGUAUGCAGAGGCACCACCAGCAAAGAAGAAAAGAAGUUUACCAGGAAACCCAGACCCAGAUUCAGAAGUGAUAGCUUUAUCUCCAAAGAGUCUCUUGGCAACAAACAGAUAUGUGUGUGAGAUCUGUAACAAAGGGUUUCAGAGAGACCAGAACCUUCAGCUUCAUAGAAGAGGACACAACUUGCCAUGGAAGCUAAAGCAAAGAUCAAACAAAGAGGUGAUCAGCAAGAAAGUUUAUGUGUGCCCAGAAACAUCAUGUGUGCACCAUGACCCUUCAAGGGCUCUGGGAGACCUCACUGGGAUCAAGAAACACUUUUGCAGAAAGCAUGGUGAGAAGAAGUGGAAGUGUGAAAAGUGCUCAAAGAAAUACGCUGUUCAAUCAGAUUGGAAAGCUCACUCCAAGAUUUGUGGCACCAGAGAGUACAGAUGUGAUUGUGGCACCCUUUUCUCAAGGAGGGACAGUUUCAUCACUCACAGAGCCUUCUGUGAUGCUUUAGCAGAAGAGAGUGCAAGAGAAAUCACAACCCAAAUACAACAACCAGGCACAUCAGGGUCCCAAUUAAUCAGUUUGCAACAACUAAACACCCAUGGUGGUCAUGUCCUCCAAGAACUUCCAGUCAAAAGAGAAGCAGAAUACAACCUUCUUUUCAAUCAAAAACCAGGUCAUCAUAACAAUAUCCCACCAUGGUUAGCUGGAGAAGCUGCUGCUGCUGCCCCAAGCCCCUCACAGACUAGUCUUUCUUCACCAUUGUUUUCAUCAAACACUUUAGAUAUUCCCCAGCCAUUUGGACACCAAGCAAACCCUAAUCCUCCCCUCUCUCACUUUCAAACACCAACUACUUUCCCACCCAUGUCUGCUACUGCAUUGCUGCAAAAAGCAGCUCAAAUGGGUGUGACCAUGAGCAGCAGCAACAAACCCUCCCCAUCACCUGAGCCAGCAGUCCAUAGGCCCCACCAAGUUCACAUGUCUGAAGCAAACGCUGGUACUACUACUGGUGGUCUGGGUUUGUCCUCAUGUGAAAGUGGGUUUGUCCCAAAUAAAGCUGCUGCCUCUGGUUUCAUGGAACUAGCAACUGCAAACACUGCAGCCCCUUCUUCUUCGUUUCUCCAUGAUAUGAUGACUUCUUUGUCAUCUGGGUUUGAUGGGUCGCCAUCUUUUGGUCAGGCUUUCAUUGGAAUGUUGAAUCCAAAAAGACCAAAGAAUACCCACUUUCAGGAAAGUAAUACUACUACUACUCCUUCAAAAUCAGCAGAUCAAUCUCAACUAAGCAGAAGUGAUGAUAGUUUGACGAGAGAUUUCUUGGGUCUAAAAGCAUUUUCUCACAGUGAGUUUCUCAAUAUGGUUAAUCUCGAUCACAUAAACUCUUCCUCCACACGUGAACAACAGCAGAAUCAGAACCAAACACCUUAGCAUUAAUUAGCUUCUUGUGGAAAAAAAAAACAUUUUCUUUCUUCCUGAUCCAUUUCCCUUCAUUUGUUCAGUUUGGAGCUAGCACUCCUUUUGUAGAGAGAGAGAGAGACAGUUUUUAAUUUCUUACAUUCUUAAGUUGUAUGGAUGCAAAGUUAAAUAGUGCAUGCUCUUCACUGUUCCUCGGGUUCUGAAUAUUGUCCUCAUUUAGUUAUAUUAAAUAUUCAACACA